AUGCCACCAAUUCAAGGCUGGUUUAAAUCAAGGAAACCUUUACGCGCCAGCCGAAAGUCCUACUACGAAGACAUAUUUGGCGAAAAGAAUCCAGAAGAAGAUCUGGAAGGCGUGCACAUCCUUGGCUCUGACAGUGAUUCUGAUCCAGGGGUUUUCAGCCGUAGAGUAAAACGUCAACCUCGUGAGAAGACCAAAACUACUCUUCGGAACAACAACAAGAAUCAGUCCGACAGAGGAGACAAGAGGGGCACUGCCGACGGUGAUGAGAUCGUGGCUCCAAGAGUCGACAGAAGUACUGUCGUCACGAUCGACGACGAUGAUAGUGACCUUGAAGAGCAAUUUAUCGUCGAUCUGCGUAAACAUGCUCAAGGUCCCGACAACAAAAAUAACGAAGACGGCAUCGGAGGCUCAGGAAACAACCAAAAUCAGAUAGAUGCAGCAUUUCUGGCAGAGAUCAAGAAAUAUGCCGCACCACCACCUAUCAACAAUCAAAGCAACGAUGAGUUGCUCGACAAAAUCAACGGACGAGGUGAAAAUCUAAUGGAUCUCCUAGAGGCAGAGUAUCGUGCUGACGGAGACACAGCUCAGGAAUUUGCCAAUCAAAGCCCGCUAGGUCCUUUGAAAACCUUCGAACCAACAUCAGAUGCCGCAUCCGCAGUUCCGUCAAUCGAACAACCUGGCGACGGACGUGACAGAGAAACGUCUGAUGAGCCGACCGACAGGCCAUCAGUGGAAGAGCCUGACGAUGCUAUUGAUAUCGGAGCUAUUGAUAGUGUAGCUGUGCUGGCUACUGGCAGGACUUCAACCACCAAUGCGAUUAGAGAGCACAGCUGGGACCCCAGCCAGGGGUCCGACUAUGUCUAUUCGGAUGAAGAAGCCGAUGAUGGGCUUUCGCACGCCAAUUUACAAGGCGGAGGCCUUGACAACAGCAUCCCUGACGCCGGUGACGAAGACGAAGAGUCUCAUACCGACGACGCUGGAAUAAACGAGAUUCGGAAUGACACCCUCGACGAACAGCACCUUCGCAGCGAAGUUCAGAGAGAAUCGGGUGAUGAAACAGCAGAGCUCGUUAGGACCCGAAUCGAUCUGUCUAGUGGCUCUGAAGACGAUAACGACGAUACCCAGGAAGUCAUUGAUCUGAUCUCGCCGAUUCGAAAUUCUAGCGAAGAGCCGUCAAUCGAGAGAAUCUUCUCUUCCAAACCUUACAAACUCGACCUUGAAACUCAUGAUCCUUCAACGUCGCUAGAGCGCGAAGAAAAUUCCAGUCGCACGAAGAAGAGACGGUUUGGCUUGUUUGCAUCAAGACCGAGUCCUAGCAUUGAGGUUGAAGCUGAACUCAGCGAUGAAGAACCUCCACGCAGACUGCGUGAUCUGGUGAGAGAGAGGGCCAGAGAGAAGGAAGAACGAGAAGUGGCAAAGAAAAAGGCCAGAUAUGAUCUGCGUCCACGUCAGCAGCAGAAUAACUACGACAAAGCUCCCCUGUCUAGGAAAGAUGCUUCUAUCGUCGAGGAUUCGGAUUUGGAGACUGAUGAGGCAGAGGAACACCAGGCAUCUCGCCGCAUCACGAGAUCCAUGACCAUUAAUACGUCGGCGAGAAAGCCAAUUCCACGCUGGAGAGCGGCCAGGAAGACAGCAUGGGUAACAAAGGACGAUGCCCAAAGAAGAAGCCUGAGCCAACAUAUUGUCCAAGUCGUUGUGCCGAAGACAAUUGACAGGUCUAUCUGGGAAUCUGUUCCUUCAUCCACGUCUACGCCACAAACCGAGCGUAGACGGUUAUCGACUGUCGAUGAGGAUCUGGCCACCUUAGAAGGUGAACAGAGAAUAGCUUCGGCGCUUGCAGGCAAGGGCAUGAAGCGUACGGUUCCAAACAACAUCGACGAGGAGGGCACCAUCAGCAACAAUCUAGAUGUGUCAAGGAACAGGAAGCAGGAGAUUCCAAUCGUCCUGAUCGAGUGA